AUGAAGAAUGAGAUUAGCAAUUUCAUAAGAAUUUGGUUAUUAGUUUUUCUCUGGGCCUACUGCCAUGCUCUUGGUCAGGGAGUUCCAAAAGGCAUUACAAGACCCUUUUGUUUACUCCCAAUUCUCUGCCUCUUUCUCUACCUUCCUCUCCAUCUUUCCACCAUGCAUCUUGGUGGAAAGACAGCAUUUUUCAUUGCUUGGCUUGCAAAUUUCAAACUCUUGCUCUUUGCCUUCGGCAAAGGUCCAUUAGCUUCAGAUCCUUUUUUUUCUCUUUCACGCUUUAUUGGUCUGGCUUGUCUACCCAUCAACAUCCAAAAAAGACCAUCUCUCCAGAUGAUCGAGGGUGGUAAGAAAUCAUCGGCAAUGUUGAUUCAUAUUUAUAAGUAUAGUGAAUAUAUCCACUCAAAGAUCAUAUCUUUUCUAUAUUGUAUCCAAGUAUACGUUUCUCUUGAACUAGUCCUAGCCUUGAUGGGAGCAUUGGCUCGAGUGUUCCUAGGGUUAGUGAUAGAGCCACAGUUCAAUGAGCCAUACCUCUCUACCUCCUUACAAGACUUCUAGGGCAAAAGAUGGAACCUUAUGGUUUCAGCCAUACUGCGACCCAGCGUUUAUGAGCCACCCGCAACCUUGCCACUUGUAGUACACAGAAAGUGGGCUCCAAUUCCGGCAAUCUUGUGGACAUUUCUUGUGUCGGGUCUCAUGCAUGAGCUUGUUUUCUAUUACCUUGGACGUCAGAAGCCUACAUGGGGAUUCACAUGCUUCUUUCUCCUUCAUGGAUCCUGUCUAGCGGUUGAGGUUGCUCUGAAGAAGACUUUUGGUGGCAGGUGGCAGUUGCCAUGGCUGAUCUCAGGGCCUUUGACUAUCGGGUUCGUGAUGGUUACUGAUUUUUGGUUGUUCUUACCCUCGAUUCACCGGUGCAAGGCUUUUGAAAGGUCAGCUAUGGAGUAUGACGCGUUAGUUAUGUUCCUGGAGAAUGCCAGUCAAUACAUUAGGAUUUCUGCAACUCCUACAUCAGUGUACUUAAUCACGAUGUAG